GACUGCGUGCCGUGAGGCACCUGACCUGACACCAGCACAGUUUGACAGUGCAGUAUCAUCCGAUAUCAUGGACGUUAUGUAUAUGGUUAGUUCUGGGCGACAUACUCGUCCAAAGUUGUAUUUACCAUUAUUAAUUAUACUCCAGUUUGUACUGCAGACAGUGGAGGGAGUUUGGCCAUUACCACAGGCCAUCACUUCCUCAGCGGAGCGAUACUCACUGAAUUCACAGGCUUUCUAUUUUGGUUACGGAAGACAAUCAGCCGCACAACCGGGUUGUUCUGUUCUGGAUGCUGCAUUCAAGCGAUAUUUUUCUCUUAUUUUUCCAGACCACACUUCUGCAAAUGGUGCUCUGCGAUUCAGUGACAGUAAGCCAUUCACACUUGACAUCAGUGUUGACCAUGAUGACUGUGAGAGUUACCCAAAUGAGGAAUCUUCCGAGAGAUACAGUCUGAAUGUCUCUGGCGGACAAGCAUCUCUCAAUGCGGAAACCGUGUGGGGUGCUGUAAGAGGUCUGGAAACCUUCAGUCAGCUGGUGUAUCAAGAUGAUUUUGGCUCAUAUUUUGUGAACAAGACUGAGAUUGAAGACUUCCCCCGUUUUCAGUUCAGGGGAAUUUUGUUGGACACUUCACGUCACUAUUUACCUGUGCAGACAAUUUUAAAAACCCUGGAUGCAAUGGCCUACAGUAAGUUCAAUGUGUUUCAUUGGCAUAUUGUCGAUGAUCCCUCCUUCCCUUACCAGAGUGGGACUUUUCCAGAUCUUUCUAGUAAGGGGGCUUUCCAUCCGAUGACUCACAUCUACACACAGUCAGAUGUGAGAAGGGUGAUCUCAUAUGCCAGGCUGAGGGGAAUAAGGGUCCUUCCUGAGUUUGAUUCACCCGGCCACACCAAAUCUUGGGGCAAAGGACAACCCGACCUCUUGACUCACUGCUACAGAGGGAGCAUCCCUUCAGGUACUUUUGGUCCUGUGAAUCCAACGUUACCCUCCACCUAUCAGUUCAUGGCAAGACUAUUUAAGGAGGUGUCAUCAGUGUUUCCUGAUAACUAUAUCCACCUAGGAGGGGAUGAGGUGGACUUCACCUGCUGGAAAUCUAAUCCUGAUGUCCGAGCUUUCAUGCAGAAGAUGGGAUUUGGAGCAGACUUCACCAAACUGGAAGCAUUCUACAUAGAAAACAUUGUGAAUAUUACUUCAGCUCUUAACAAGACCUCUAUUGUGUGGCAGGAUGUGUUUGACUACCAUGAGCGAAUUCCUAAGGACACAGUGCUGCACAUCUGGAAGGGCGUCCCAGCUGAAUAUGAAGCAGAGCUCAGCAGGAUGACCCAAGCUGGCAUGAGGGUUGUGCUGGCUGCUCCCUGGUACAUCAACCAUAUUUCCUAUGGGCAGGACUGGCGCAGCUACUACACUGUGAAACCACAGAACUUUUCUGGUACCGAGGAACAGAAGAAGUUGGUGAUAGGGGGUGAGGUCUGCAUGUGGGGGGAAUAUGUUGAUGCCGCCAAUCUCACUCCACGUCUUUGGCCAAGAGCAAGUGCUGCAGCAGAGAGGCUGUGGAGUGAUGAGAAACAGACAUCCAGCGUGGACCAGGCAUUUCCUCGUUUGCAGAAUUUUCGCUGCAAGCUCCUGAGGCGUGGCAUCCAAGCAGAGCCUUUGUAUGUUGGACACUGCAAGUACGAGUACCAGGAUAUUUGAGGAUAUUGGAUGGAUCAACACUGCAAGAGUUUUCUGGAGGAUGUUUGAAUUAUUCAGUUUCAUACAGCAAUUACCUUUAGUUGAUUCUGGAAAAAAAUCUUGUGUGAUGGAUUUAAAGUGGUAUUGUUUCCCAAGUGUUAAGUAAAAUACCAUUAUGUACGCACUGCUUUCUCAGGGAGUUAUCUCAUUAUCUAUAUUUUCUCAUUAUCAUUUUUUGGAAUAAGUAUUUGAGUAAUAUGAUUUUUUUUCCAUAUAAAGUAAUCACAAUAUAGACGCGUUUACAAAAGCCCUCCUUAGAGGGAACUCAGGUGUUGCAAUGCCAUGUUGAAUUUUAAUUGAAGCAAAUGAAUGACAAAUAUAGAAUGUACAUUUUAGAUUUAAAUAUUAAUACUGGCUGUGUGCUGUACCUUCUUGUCUUGCAUGGAAAUGUAAUAAGAUAAUGUUGGUGUGGAGAAAAUGUCUUUUUUUUUUAAAUAGCUGUUAUUGUAGCUAUUUUAAAAAAAUCCUAUACCAAUUCUCUUUGUCCCUGCGCAUACUGUGAUUUGAUAGGCUUCCAGUCUAAUAAAAAUAAACACAUGGCCUUUAUCACA